CGACUCAGGACGCCCAGCGGAUGAGCAGUACUUCGACUUUCUAAAUUCCGGGGCCGUGGCUCCCCUGGUGUCGGAGGACUCCGGUUGCGAGCUGGGUGUCCGAGUGGAGGCUGAGGGGGCGCGUUAUCGCCUCCAUAGGUGUUCCUGAGCCCCCGCAGAGACCCCGGGUGAGAAUUCAAGUCCCUGUGCCUCCCUUCUCAGUUUUUCAUACUGGUUGCCAGUGUCAUCUUUGGUGAUGUUCUCCUCCAAAGGAGGCUGGAUUCAGAAGAAGAGGCCACCUGUUUCUACACGACAGGGCCCACCAAAGGCGCUGUGCCCCGUAAAGAAGGACUGGUGUGAGGAUGAUGAUAAAGGGGAAGAGGAGAGGGACUAUGUCCUCCAUGAUCCAGCCCAAGGCCUGGAUUCUCUGCCUCAGCCAUAUCGAAUGAUCAACAAGAUGGUGAACCUUCUGUUUGACCGCUCAUGGGAACUUAUUGAAGAGAGGGCUGCUCUGAGAGAAGCUGAUAGGACCCGGAUCCAGCCCACCACCUAUGCUCCACUCACAGAAAUUCAGCUCAGCCAAAGGCCCAGCUGUAUGGCUAUGUCACAGGACUAUAUAUUUAUUGGAGGAGCCAAGGGAUUCUCGAUCUAUAACCUGUACAAUGCUGAACAAGUAUAUGUUUGGGAGAAACUUAAGGUUGAUGUCACUUCCAUCUGGGUCACAGAUUUAGGGAAUGAAAUACUUAUUGCUCCUGUGGAUGAAAUGGGUAUCAUUAGACUGUUCUACUUGUAUAAGGAUGGCCUCUUCCUAAUCAAAAGCAUCAAUGAAGUGGAUGAUAGCAGCAAGCAGCCCACUUGUGUGAAGAUGGAGACCUCCCAAGGCGGGGACUUCGCAGCCUUCCUGCUGCAAGGAGCUGGUGACACGUGGUUGGACGUGUAUAAGCUGCCCAGGGAGGCUUGGCUGAAGGAGGCGGAGCACCUGCCACUUACCCUGAACCCGAAGAAAAAGGUGAAGCCGCUGGAUGUGAAUUUUACUUUUAAAAGUGACAUUAAAUUGAGCCCUCCAGUUCAUAUAAUGAAAAUUAAACCACCUAAACCAAUCACUGGUACCACGUUUAAAAGCCCCCUGGAAGUCUUUGCAAAGGUGGAAGACUACUCCGGGCUGGGCUCCGGGCAGAACCACUUCAUCAGGGACAGCCAGUGGGAGCAGCACGCAGAGCGCGUCCAUGCCUGCUACAAGAAGAACCUGGACAGGGAGUUGGGGGAGGAGCCCCUCAGCACCGCCACGUUCCACUUCCUCCUUCCUAGCUGCAUCACCACGACGCCAGUGGAAGCCAGGAGCCCCGCAGGGGUGGCCUAUGUCCUGGGCAUCCACUGGACCGGAAGCCACAACUUCUUCUUCUAUUUGCUGAACCGAACUCUGAAGGACAAAGCCGAACCUGAGGGCGUGUGGCCCUGUGCUGCCCCCAUCACUGCCUCGUGGCUCAGCUGCUCCUCUUCCUACCUGGUGCUGGCCUGCGAGGACGGCGUGCUCACACUGUGGGACGUGGCCGAAGGCUUCCCCCUAGGGGUCAUCGCCCUUCCUGAGGGGUGUUUCUGCCAAAGCAUUCACUUUCUAAAGUACUUCUUGGUCCACAAGGGCCAGAACCUGUAUCCAGAGGGCCCAGUCAAGUCCCAGGUGCAAUGCGUGGUGCUGUGCACCAAUGCGUCCCUCCAUCUGGUGACAGCCAGCGGCACAAGGGGACCCACCAGCCAGGUGCUUGUGACCAGGCCCGUGAAGCAUCUGGAUGAAGCCAUCUGUGCAGUGGCCCCAGUCCCCACCUUGCCCGGCAUGGUGCUGAUCUUUGCCAGGAAUGGCUCUGUGAGCCUCAUGGACGUGACCAAGGCCGAAAUCAUCUGUGCCUUCGCUCUGCCUGCAGGCCCGCAGCUGGCCGUGCCCGGGAAGCCCCUGUUUGUUGUGUCUUUACAGCACCCUUGCUUCCUGCUCCUCGGUGACUGUUCAGGUAAAGAGAAGCCCACCAGCAAUGCCAAGAACACUUGGAAUUCUGUUUUCUGUUUUAAUUUUGAGGCCUACCCACUGCUGGAAAAUAUCUCCAAAAAUCCCACCAUUCCCCAAGAGGACUCAAGGGAGAACAUGGUGUUGCCGUUGGAGAAAAGAUGUGAGCUUGUGCUCCAGAAGAGCUUCCAGAAGCUGAAGAGACCCCAGGUGACAAAAGACCAGGAGUGGACCAGGCUUCGCAGGUACUCCCUGCUGCUUCAGAGAGAUAACUUCAGGAAGUGACAGCGACAUGGCCACCAUGGGACUCUGGAGAGCCUCUGCCUGGGUAGCCACUCCCAGAAUGAGGGACACAGCGACAAACAGCCCCAGCCCCAAGGCCGUGGGUUUGCAGUCCCUGGAGCCAGCGAAAGGAACCGUACCUCGGGGACUCUCUGACACCAAGCGUCUUGUCAGUGCGGGCAGAGGGCAAUGUGCCACCCCAAUAAAUAGCCACUGUCUUUAGA